AUGGAGGAAUUCCCCCCAAAAUUCAGCAAGGUGCUGGUGACGCCAGAUCCGCAGUACAUACCGGGGUAGGUAAUUCACAUUGAAACUAACACUUUGCUUUUGAAUUUCAGCAAAUUAAUUCAUUAAAUAUACACUCUAAUUAGAUGUGUGUUAUAUUGAGAUGUUAUUUGUAUUACCUGCAUGGUGUGCUAUUUAUAGUGAAAUUAUAAACCUUUUUAAUGAUGCAUUAUUGUAUUCGUGCGUAAUUCCAUUGAUUAUAUGCUUGCGCAUACCUUUACAUUUUACUUCAUUAUAUUUCGCCAUUUUAUGUCUUUACACAUAGCAUGCAUACAUUCGGCCAACUAGAGGCUUGAGGAAUUAACACAAACAAUUUAACAAACCUACACGAAAUUUCCAUGAGCAAGAAAGUCCAGUGCUCGAGGCCAAAAGUAUUUUGUGGUGGCCAUCACCCAUGGCAACCGUUCCCAGGAAGGUUGAACUCAGAGGCUAAACUCCCUGACAUGAAGGAACACAACACAGCUUAAACUAACUACCAUGAGAUCCAUACAGUCACCUUUCACCUCAAUAAAGACUUUGAUACAAGCGUUGUAAAAAAAAAAAAAAGGGGGGUUCAAAUAUUUACACUAGGCCUACUGUCAACAUGACAGAGAAUAAAUCCAAAAAGGCCUGUUUGAAAUCUAAUUACAAUCCUCACCACAACCACCACCUCUCUCUCUCUCUGUCCUCAGGUAUGCAGGUUACUGCCCCCAGCUGAAGUACCACCUGGGGAAGACCUACGGCCAGCUGACUGCCAAACUGCUGUCCUCUCCAGAGGUGUCUCGCUCACAUCGCCUGGUCCUCCACACGGGCCGCUUCCCCUCCACAGAGACAGACACCGGCCCGCGGGACGAGAACUGGAGGAGCCACCAUGGAGAAUGCAGGAAUCUGGAGAGGAUGAUACCGGGCUACACUGGUAAACACACUGUUACUCAGUUUUCAUACAUUAAGUAGAACUCCCUCAUCUCUUCCAUCUGUAAAGUAUGCUUUUGCAUUGUGUACUCUGGUGUCUUUUGCAGGCUUUGUCCCCAAAAGCCAGAACUACUUCUCCCAUACCUACGCUGAGACGUGUCGCGAGGCCCUGUCUGAGUUUGACCGAGACCAGCAGAGGAGGGUUCGUCUGGCAUCAGCAGACAUACCGCUUGUCAGCAACACCACCAAUUCCGAGUUUAAAGUAAUCAGCUCUAAUCUCUCUCUCACGUACACAUGCACUCUCUCACACACACACACACACACACACACACACACACACACACACACACACACACACACACACACACACACACACACACACACACACACACACACACACACACACACACACACACACACACACACACACACACACACACACACACACAUCCCUGUUUAAUAAUCCAUGCUGAGAUCCUGUGUCACUGUCAGUGUCAUUUAUCACUCACUGUCUCAGUCUAAACGAGGCCAGCUGCACAACCUGGAGAGCUCUCCAAUCAUAGACCACCCACAGAUUCAGACCAAUUAAGUCUCUGAGAUUCACACCCAUUAUCUCUCAUUGUGUAGGAGCUGACAGGAAUGUUCAAUAACACAAGCAAUUACUGUUAGCCACUUAUGUUGAUUGAAUGAUAACAACUUUACAUUGAUACCAUGCGAGAAAAUCUUAUCCUCUUAUAAUCAAAGGUCUAUAGUCUGGGAUAGGGCCUUUGGUAGGAGCCAGAAGCUUGAAUACCUUCUUUGUCUCAACCAUAGUGUCUGUCUGUCUGUCAUUCUGUCUAUCCCCUUCAGCCUCGGAGACUGAGCACCCCUCUGACGGCCAUCUCCAAAGAUCCAGCCCCCUACGAGGCCCUGGACCCCUGGAAGCCCAAAGUGUCUCCGUACUUCAUGGAGGACAGCAGUCCACACAAGUACUUCAUCUCAGGUCGGUACAGUAUGCCAGACAUACCAUUUUAAAUAACUAGGCUAUUUCAGCCACAACCGUUGCUGACAGGUGUAUAAAAUCGAGCACACAGCCAUGCAAUCUCCAUAGAGAUACAUUGGCAGUAGAAUGACCUAUACUGAAGAGCUCAGUCACUUUCAACGCGGCACCGUCAUAGGUCUACGUCAGCACAAGAACUGUUCGUCGGGAGCUUCAUGAAAUGGGUUUCCAUGGCCGUGCAGCCGCACACAAGCCUAAGAUCACCAUGCGCAAUGCCAAACAUCAGCUGGAGUGGUGUAAAGCUCGCCGCCAUUGGACUCUGGAGCAGUGGAAACGCGUUCUCUGGAGUGAAGAAACACGCUUCACCAUCUGGCAGUCUGAUGGACAUAUCUGGGUUUGGCGGAUGCCAGGAGAAUUCUACCUGCCCCAAUGCAUAGUGCCAACUGUAAAGUUUGGUGGAGGAGGAAUAAUGGUCUGGGGCUGUUUUUCAUGGUUCGGGCUAGGCCCCUUAGUUCCAGUGAAGGGACAUCUUAAUGCUACAGCAUACAAUUACAUUCUAGACGAUUCUGUGGUUCGAACUUUGUGGCAACAGUUUGGGGAAGGCCCUUUUCUGUUUCAGCAUGACAAUUCCCCCAUGCACAAAGAGAGGUUCAUACAGAAAUGGAUCGUCGAGAUCAGUGUGGAAGAACUUGACUGGCCUGCACAGAGCCCUGACCUCAACCCCAUUGAACACCUUUGGGAUGAUUUGGAACGCCGACUGCGAGCCAGGCCUAAUCGCCCAACAUCAGCGCCCAACCUCACUAAUGCUUGUGGCUGAAUGGAAGCAAGUCCCCACAGCAAUGUUCCAACAUCUAGUGGAAAGCAUUCCCAGUAGAGUGGAGGCUGUUGUAGCAGCAAAGGGGGGACCAACUCCAUAUUAAUGCCCAUGAUUUUGGAAUGAGAUGUUUGACGAGUAGGCGUCCACAUACUUUUGGCCAUGUAGUGUAUGAGUGUGCAGCACAAUCAAAUGUAUAUGAGUCUCUGUAUUGACUAGAUCUUCCAUUGGGGCAUGUAUUCAGGUUUCACGGGGUACGUGCCCAAAUCUCGCUUCUUGAUUGGCACGGGCUAUCCCAUCACCACCAACAAGGCCCUGGUCCAGUUUGGGAAGGAGAUGAGGAGUGACCCCACCUCCCUGCGCCUCCCUGGGGACGAAUCAGGAGUCCUGCCCCCCAUCCCCACAGUCUACCCGUCCCACCGGGGCCUGCUGCCCUCCUACACCGGCCAUGUUCCAGGUGGGCCUAAACCUCAUCACAACACUAUAUAGUACGAAGCCUCACACACAGCUCUGAAAUAUCCAUAUUUUGUUUAAAAAUGUAUCAUAUCAUCACUUGGUAGAUCAAAUGUUACUAUAAUGUUAUUGCUUAACUAUAAUAUUAUUUUGAGAUCUUCAGUUAAGUUUACCUUCAAUCUGCCCACAGGAUACAAGUUCAGGUACGGCCAGACCUUUGGGCAGCUUACCCACAAUGCCCUGGGGCUGAGCGGCACUCAGAGGAAGCUAGAGGCCAGAGCCCAGUAA